AUACUCUGUAUCAUCAAUUCUUGCUCGUUAGGAUUGUACAUUAUCUACUCAUAAGAAUCUUUGUGAUCGUUUAAAAGGAAUUUCACUGUUUCCAUUUUCUUUGGGCAAACCUCCUAUAUCCAGGGAUUCAUUCAAAACAGUCAUCUGUUAUCUGGAGUUAACAGAUAAAGAAAUAUAGCCAAAUGAUUAUUCCCGUGCGAUGUUUUUCUUGUGGAAAGGUGGUAGGAGAUUUAUGGGAACGCUACCUACAACUUCUUGAUGAGGGGAUCGCAGAUGGUGAUGCCAUGGACCAGCUGGGCUGCAAGCGGUACUGCUGCCGUCGAAUGAUAAUGACCCAUGUUGAUUUAAUCGAAAAACUUCUUCGAUAUAAUCCCGCGGAAAGAGACCGUGCUAAGGCACAAAUUUGAGAAGCACCCAAUACAGAUAAGAUUUAUACUCUUGUGGCCUGACUCCUACCUUCACUCGGCCAACCCAUCAAUACCAUCUGCCCUUGUAUUAGGACUCGAGGGUUCGUGCGACUGGAUUUGAAUUCUGGGCGACGCAGUUGUUUUCUUGCCUAGAAAGUCUUCUGCUCACAGAUUUUACAAGGCUUGGUCAGCGGCGCAGAUGAUUGAUACUCCAGGAGUGUUUGUCAUUUGUUUCAACCCCAUGAUGUCGAAUCCAUUUGCGAUCGUCUUGAUUAUUGCUAGGAUCUAAAUCACGAAUAAAGACUAUGGCGAAGGGCGCAAAGGGAGACAGAUCGAUGAUUUCAUGAGGCAGCAUGAGUUUCUGAUGAUGAGGAGUUGUCUGGGUCUAUAAAAUUCCUCAAUUCACUUUCCAUGCCAAGGAAUUACCGUCGAACUAUCAUUCCAGGUUCACACGAAUAGCAUCAAUAAUCAAAUUCGAGCCGUUUAGUCGAAUAUCUUCUUGCAAUUGGUGAUAUAAACAUGCUGGUCAACGAC